UUGUGUCACGGCCCAAGCCGCCCGUAGUCCAGCAGCUGCCCGAGAGCGUUCGGAGCGGAGGCUGUCGUGGAUGCGCGAGCCGCCCGCGGGGGCCACAGAAAUGGGCUCGGCGGCGGUGGACUCGUCCCAGUGGCUUUCCGUCAAGGAGGAGACCAUUUUCCUGCACGAUGGGCUCAUACGAGUCACGGACUUGGCCGAGCUGCCCAGCGAGAUCGGGGCGUCGGAGCCGGGGGACGCCGAGCAGGAGAUCCUGACCUUCGAGACAAAGAACCCGACCGAACUUGCGGAGCGGCUUCGGGCGAUCUGCGGCAACCAGAGCAACGCCUACGCCCGUCUGCUGGAGUAUCGCCUCAAUGCCUUGCGCGGCCUGUGGAACGCGCAGCGCCAGCUCGCCUUGGAGGAGCAGCAGGAACGGGAGAACUCGGGCGACGAGGAGACUCUGGCCCUGCUGAAGCGACAGGGCCUCUUGCAGCAGCCUGAGCAGGCGCCCUUUACCUCGCGCAUGGGGCUUCUCCUCAUCUUCCCCCUCAUUCAGUCGCAAUCCAGGACGGACCCCUCUCUGUGUAACAUCACCGCAGAGGUGUUGCUGAGCUGCCUCCGUGACUGUCAGCCGCUAAGCCUUACUAAAGAGCCAACGGACUGCCUCAAUGGCCUUGAGAGCCUGCUUUGCUCAUGGCUGGAGGACCCCAAUAGGUCUGGACUGCAGAUUCCUCUGAAGCAUAAAGAAAAUUCGGCGGCAGCCCUGGUGGCACUGGCCUGUGCAAGAGGAUCACUGAAGACAUUAAUCCACACCGUUCAUCUCCUUCAGAAGCAGACGGACCUGGGGUAUUUACCUGUCGCCGAUGUGCUUUACAGGCUGCUGCUGUUGGAAGGAGGGCCCGGCUCACCAUCAUGCCUGCUUGGUGGAAAACAUGUGGUGUCUUGGGGGUUUGAGGAUAUGCUGUCUACACCCGACAACAGCAGCUCUGGGAGUGAAAGCAAAGAUGCCGAUUUAGGCCGUUGUCUGGCCACAGAUGGCCUUUAUCUGUACACUACCAACUCCUAUGGCAAAGGAAUCAGUAAACUUGGCUCAGGGCUCCAAGGCACUUUACGUGGCUUUGUCUACUGCCGCAACGAAGAGCUCGAAGCUGGAUGGAUCGCUUUCAGCAACUGCAGGCUCCUACACCGACCCGCGUCUUUUGAUAACAAACCUCAUUACCUUUUCCAGAUCAUCGACCAGUUCACCCUCCAGGUGUGCCAAAUUGUGCCCAUGCCAGCAAACCACUUCCCUGUUGGCAGCACCAUGACCACAAUACAUCUCUGCUCAGACGGGACCUACGUCUACUGGAUCUGGUCUCCCGCAGGCCUGAAUGAAAAAACUCCCAAAGGACAUUCUGUGUUCAUGGACAUCUUUGAAUUAUUGGCACAGAAUGGGGUCACCGCAGCCAACCCGCUCCACGAGCGAAUAAUCCUGAUGAAAAAGGAAGGAGAGUCAUCCAAGUGUCUUAACGAGCUGCUCCUGAGUCGCAUGUCCCGCUUCCGAGCCUCCCAUUCAGCUACCCUGGCUGCUCUCACCGGCUCCACCAUCACCAACACUCUGAAAGAAGAUCAGUCUGCUGUCAACACCAGUUGUGGCCUACCUCUAAAAACGCUGCGGCGGACACCAAUGUACACUUGUGGAACGUAUUUGGUUAUGCUGGUCUCUCCUCCAGGGGGUUCUGGGAGCAGUGGCACACGCUCGCUGUUUGGGGGUACAAGUGGUCUGUCCUCUCUAAAAAUUUUAGCAUCAUCUCUUGUGUUCAACAUUUCCGAUGGCCAGUUUGCAAGCCGUGCCGACCUCAUUGAUGCGCCUGGAAGUUCGCUAGGGCGUGGAGCUCUAGUCACAGGACUCGGUGCCUGUUACGAUGCAAUGAACAAUCUGAUCUGGACCUGUUCAAAUGACUACAUGGACCAGUGGUGUAAUCCAGGGAACCAGGCCUUUCACCAUGUGUGUAAGAGACUCGGAGUGAGCCACGUCAUCACGGAGCCUAAAGAGGAAAUGGUGCCGACCAGCGAGGUGAUUAACCAGCUCUUGCACCAUGUCGGCGCCAUGUGUAUCCAUCAGCUGAAUAUUCUCGCUGCCAGCAGCAAUCUGCCCAUCAGCACCUUUCUGGGAAAGCAGCAUCCAAUCGAGAGCCAGCACUUCAGCAGCAUCUGUGACAUCAUGGAGAAGGCCAUGGUCAAUGGGGACACGUGCAUCAUCCGCUGCAUUCUUGUUGUCUUCCAGGUGGUUUUCAAGUUCUUUUUUAACCCUCAAACUGAGAGAAAUCGAGAGAUCGUCCGCCGUGCUGGCCUGUUGCUCUGGCAGUUGUUGAUGGCACCACUUGACCAGAUCGGUGAUGAGAUUCAGAAGGAAGUUUGCCUAGCGAUCAGUGCCGGCUUAAAUUCCUUGUAUCCUGGUGAGGCGGAACUUAACAACUUACUCAAACUGGUGCUGACUGAAGGUGAGAGAAACAGCGGCCUGUCCAGGCUCCGAGAUGUCAUUCUAACUAACCUUGCUGACCAGCUACAGAACAACAGGUUUGGGAGUGAAGACGAUGAACACUACAGGCUGAAUGAUGAGCUGCUGCACUACAUUUUGAAGACGGUGGUGCGCGAGUCCUGCAUCCUGAUCACCAAGUGCCAAACUGUCGCUAAGGAUGACUUUCAGAAACUCCUGUCUACAGUGCCAGUCGCCUCACCCAGUCUGCAGUACCUUAUGGCAGUACAGAACCAUUUGCUGAGCAACACAGUUUUAAUAAAACCUGAUGAGCACGAUGAUAGUGACAGCUCCCUUCAAGGGGAGACAUUGAAGGUACAGGUGUCUGGAAGCAGUUUUCUGUCCGCGGCACAGACGCGAUGGAGACGUGGGAACACCCGGAGACAAGCCCUGGUGCACAUGAGGGAGCUGCUGACCGCUGCCGUGCGAGUCGGGGGUGUCACUCAUCUUGUGGGGCCUGUCACCAUGGUGCUGCAAGGAGGCCCCAGAAUAGAAGAAUUAACCUGUGGAGGGAUGGUGGAACAAGUCCAGGAGGCCUUCGGAGAAACGAUGACUUCGGUGGUGUCCCUGUGCUCCCGCUACCCCAUCGCCUGUGCGAACAGCAUUGGCCUGCUCUGCACCAUUCCAUACACGAGGAGUGAAGAGAAAUGCCUUGUGCGAAGUGGUUUGGUUCAGCUCAUGGACCGCCUGUGCAGUCUCAGCGGGCAGAGAGAGUGUGGCUCAAACGAGAAGCAGACAAAAAAACAGAGAGUCGCCACCAUGGCUUGGGCUGCCUUCCAGGUGUUGGCCAAUCGCUGUGUGGAAUGGGAGAAAGUGGAAGGGUGCUCCACGGACGCAGUGCAUUCUGGGUUGGCCCGUCAGGUGUCUAGUUUACUUACCAAUCACUUAGCCCGGGCUACGGACUGCUGUGGCAAUCAGGCAGCUGGAAACGACGCCCUUCAAGACGUUCUAAGCCUUCUCAAUGACCUGUCCAGGAGUCAGAUUGGAAAGGCGAUUCUGAGCCAGCCAGCUUGCGUUUCAAAGCUUUUGUCCCUGCUCUUGGACCAGCGGCCUUCCCCCAAACUCGUCCUCAUUAUUCUCCAGUUGUGCCGAGCUGCUUUGCCCCUCAUGAGCGUGGAGGACUGUGGUAAUGUGGAGCUCCCACCUUGGAGUUACUCCAUUCAGACUCUGGAUAGUGAUCACGACGACCCCGGAGAUCCUGCUUCAAAGAUUGCCUCAUUGUUGCUGGCCAAACUAGCGGACUAUGUUGUGCCAGGCUGUCAAACAGUUCUGUCACCCAGUGCCUCAGAGCCGGACACCAGUUUAACUCGAGCCAGUCCCAAAAACUCCUUAAAAAUGGAUAAAGACCUUGGUGAAGAAGGGGAGGCGGUGGAUGGCAAACUGUCCAUCUUCAUUCACAAAAGAGAAGACCAGUCCUCGCAUGAAGUGCUGCAGCCCCUUUUGAGCAGUUCAGAAGGUCGGCCAUUCCGCUUGGGUACGGGAGCAAAUAUGGAGAAGGUGGUGAAGAUGGACAGAGAUAUGACCAAGACUGGCUGCUGUGAGGUGAUCACCGAAGAAGCCGCAUCUGCUCUCCGCAAAGCCACCAAAUGGGCCCAGUCUGGACUGAUUGUGAGCGUGGGACCCCCCGUUGAGAUUGUGAGCCAGGAAGCGGCCAGCGGGUUGUCAGUGGGUGAUAAAAAGAAAACGGCGCAGACUGCCAUCUGCAGGGAGAGGAACACAGAACUGGCCAGAUCAGAUCCUGUCAGGCCUUUCAUCAGCGGCCAUGUGGCUAACAGUAUGGCUGCAGAGGUGAUUGCUUUGCUGCACAGUCUUCUGACGGCACCCGAGUCCAACACGGCGCUCAUCUGGACCAGCACGGCUGAAAAGGUCCUGUCUCGAGCUCUGAUGUUCAUCCCCCAACUUGGAAAAUACGCGGAAAGCAUCUUGGAGAAUGGCAGCAGCAGCGGCAGGAAGUUGGCAAAGUUGCAGGCCAUUGCCCGGCAGGCUGUAGCAGCUCUCUGCGCACUCGGGGGAUUCAAGGAGACCAUUAAGAUUGGCUCGGAGGUUCAGGUGCUGGGUAAAGGAGUCCUGGGCAGUGUGGGAGUGGUGAUGUCGAUCAAUGAGCAAGAAGGCAUCGCCAUCGUUAAGUUUCCCUGCUCGGACUACAGGAAGACAUGCAAAGCUUCGGAUGUCUUGACGGUGCCAGUGUCCCGGCUCUGCACCCCGCGGUCCGAGGCCCUCCCGCUCUACAAGCUGUCAAUAACGGAGAAGGUGGUGCAGGCCGUCCAGUCCAUGCUGCUACCUCAGGAGGGCAGCCUCUCGAUUCAUACUUCAUUGCCAGCCACUGGAGACGGCUCUAGCCCCGUCAUGGCCGUAGUGCGCCUCCUGGCAGAGAUCAGAACAAGGGCGUGUCUGGUGAUGGCUCAGCUCCUGGAGGACAGCUCAUUCUGCGAAGAGUUCAUCCAGCAGUGCCCAGCAGCCGUCGAAGUCCUUAACCUGGUGGCCCAGGAGUGCAGUCCCGGCGAACGCCUGGCUGUCGUGGAAGCGCAGUGCGAGAGAUUAAGGAUGCUGUAUCGGGACUGCGCUCGGCCUCCUCCGCCUCCUCUCCAGACAGAUCGCCGACAACCCAAAGAGAUCACGUGGUGUCCUUCUCGGGUUUUCCCUCCCGUCCGUGCCUGUAUGUUCUCCUCGCAUCUGACAUCGGUGACCUUCCUGGCUGACCCGAGUGCUGGCGGAGGUCUGCCACGUGGGACCUUUAUCUAUGCUACAUCUCCCGUCCCUGUGCAGGCCCCUUCUUUCUACUGGGAGAUUGAAAUCGUUUCCUAUGGAGACACAGAUGAUGACAGCGGGCCAAUUGUGUCCUUCGGAUUUGCGACAGAAGCUGAGAAAAGAGACGGUGCGUGGACUAACCCUGUCGGCACCUGUCUCUUUCACAAUAACGGACGAGCUGUGCACUACAAUGGCUCCAGUUUGCUGCAGUGGAAGAGCGUGCGCCUUGAUGUGGCUCUCGUUCCAGGAGACGUUGCAGGUAUUGGCUGGGAGCGUGCAGAAGGGACUCCACCACCACCUGGCCAGCCGUCCAAAGGCAGAGUUUACUUCACCUACUGUGGUCAGCGGCUCACACCUUUCCUGGAGGACGUGUCUGGGGGAAUGUGGCCUUUGGUUCACAUACAGAAAAAAAACACCAAAGUUCGAGCCAAUUUUGGAUGUCGCCCUUUUGCUUACGCUGAAGGUCAGGCUCACAGAAAUGCGGCCGAUUUGUGCAUCGACCUCUCGGAAGAGAUCAGUGCUAACUUUGAGGCGCUCCCCUUUGCAAUGGCUUCCGACAGCGACAAUGACGCCGGAGCUAGUGUUGCCUCGGACCCCGGAUCUCAUGGACCUCCUUGCAGGAUAGCAGCUGUUGCCACAAUCCAGCAACAGUAUGACAGUGACUCCUCCUGCCACUACAAAGUUGAGCUGAGCUACGAGAACCUAAUCAUGUCUGGGCCGAAUCUGCAUCCACCUCCAAUCGCAGAUGAUGAGAGUGAUGAUGACGACGACGAUGAUAUUCCAAGGGAGGACCACUACGCUUUGCUGGUCAAGGCAUGGGAGACAAAGGUCUUUCCAACAAUUCGAAGGAGAUUUCGAAACGAAGCUGAAAGGAAAUCAGGCCUCGAUCAAAUCAAGGGGGCCCUGCAACUGGGUAUGGUGGAUAUCGCUAGGCAAACAGUUGAGUUUCUGUACGAAGAAAAUGGUGGCAUCCCUCGAGACCUUUACCUUCCCACCAUCGAGGACAUAAAAGAUGAAGCAAACAAGUUCACUAUUGAUAAAGUUCGCAAAGGGUUGACGGUGGUAGUCAGAUCUCCAGAAAGUAACAAUACCAGCAGCAACACCGGGGGGACAUCGUUGCCAAAAUUUGCUACAAGAGGAAUGAUGAAAACCUUCAGCCUCCAUGGGAUAGUUCUGGAUGUUGAUUCGAUGAAUGAACUCGUCCAGGUGGAGACUUACCUGCGUAGCGAGGGGGUGCUUGUACGUUACUGGUAUCCAAUCGACAUGCUGGAAAGGCCGCAAGCUGGAUCCCGACGCACUGCAGCCAAUGGCCUGGUGACUCUGGACAGCACCAACAUCCAAAUACACAGAGAACUGCUGCGCUGUGAGGCGUCUCUCGCCAGGCUGUACUGUCGCAUGGCCCUCCUCAAUAUUUUUGCUCCAAAAUCGCCACACACCUUCACUCGACUUUUCCAUAUCCCUGCCAUACGGGACAUCACGUUGGAGCAUCUGCAGCUUCUGUCCAAUCAGCUCUUAGCUCCUUCACUAGCAGAUGGUACCAUAAGCUCCAGCUCCAUUUUACUUGCCCAAUCCAUCCAGCACUGUAUUCAGGGCCAAAACUGCUCCCCUACAGAUCUGUUCUACCAGGGAAACGCUCAGCCAAUAAGAGAGUGGCUGACAGUCGCCAUAACCCGCGCUUUGCACCAAGGAGAAGAGAGCCUACUGGACCUGACGAAACAGAUCUGCUCCUUUCUUCAGAAUGCCCCAGAGCAGUUUCCUUCUGAAGAAUUCCCAGUCACCGAGUCCAAGAUCAACAUGGACGUCAGCUUUCCUGGGGCAGCGUUUGUGAUUGUGUCGUGCAAGGAGAGUCAGUCGGGCUUCCGGAAAGAGUGAGGACUACUUUACUGCUG